AUGGCUGAGAGCUCCCUAGAGUGGCUGGAACGAGAAAUUGAUACCUUAAGGAAGCUUAGGGAUGGGAUUGCUGAACUUGCUCGCGAUCUGAAUUCGAGAACAACUUCCAGUCAACAAGAUGAGCAAGUGACAAAUGAGCGUCCCGACCCUCUUCAACAAGAGCGUUCAAAGGCUGAUCCUGAAGUCAUCAUCAUCAGCGACUCUGAGGAUUCUUCAGAUGUUAUAGAAGUUCCUCUCAGAAAACUUGAACUGCAGACAAUGGUGGACGAGGGCGAUGAUACUGAUUUAGUCGUUACUGGCGUCAAAGAAGGCGAAAUAUUUUCGCAUCAUCGGCAGAAUUGUCCGACUCAUGCGUUCAAGGAGAUUUAUGGAAAUCUCUCUCAUGGAUCGAACAAUAUCGCCUGCGACAAAUGCUUCUGCCAUGUUUGCGAUGUAAAAUGGAGCAACUGCCUAUACUGGACAAACUCAAAUGCUCCACAUUGUAAUGCUUGGCGCCAGAGUUAUCACUGGAAAGCAUAUAAAACGAAGUGGAAGUCCCGGAAAAGCUUGCUUUCUCCAAAAAGCCUCGAAAAAAUUUCACUGUAA